AUGUUUUCGGGCGCUUCAUUGUUUUUUUUUUUGCAAUCUGUGCUAUUAUGGCAUGUAUGGAUGUUGCUUAUGUUUUUCUUUCUCGCCGGCGGCGCGCAGGGGCAGGGGCUGUCGCGGGGGUUUUACAACGCGACGUGCCCGGCGCUGCAGGCCGUCGUGCGGCGCGGCGUGGCGCGGGCGGUCCGGAGGGAGCCACGCAUGGGGGCCUCCAUCCUCCGCCUCUUCUUCCACGACUGCUUCGUCAAUGGGUGCGACGCCUCCGUCUUGCUGGACGACGUGCCGGGCAACUUCACGGGGGAGAAGAACGCGGGGCCCAACGCCAACUCGCUGCGCGGCUACGAGGUCAUCGACGCCAUCAAGGCUCAGGUCGAGGCCUCCUGCAACGCCACCGUCUCCUGCGCCGACAUCCUCGCCCUCGCCGCGCGCGACGCCGUCAACCUGCUCGGCGGGCCGAGCUGGACGGUGCCGCUGGGGCGCCGCGACACGCGUAACACGAGCGCGGGCGCGGCCAACACCAACCUACCGCCGCCCGACGCUGGCCUCCCCACGCUCCUGUCCAUGUUCCGCGCCAAGGGCCUGGACGCGCGCGACCUGACGGCGCUCUCCGGCGCGCACACCGUGGGGCGGGCCCGCUGCGCUGUCUUCCGCUCGCACAUCUACAACGACUCCGCCGCCGACACCGCCUUCGCCGCGGGCCUCCGCGCCAGCGUCUGCCCCGCCGCGGGCGGCGACGGCAACCUCGCGCCGCUGGAGCCGCAGGCGCCCGACGCCUUCGACAACGGCUACUUCCGGGACCUGGUCGCCCGCCGCGUGCUGCUGCGGUCGGACCAGGCGCUGUACGGGGCCGGCAACGGCACCACGGACGGGCUCGUGCGCGCGUACGCCGCCAACGGGACGGCCUUCGCGGCCGACUUCGCCGCCGCGAUGGUGAGGCUGGGCGGGCUGGCCCCGGCCGCCGGGAGCGGCGGCGAGGUCCGGCUCAACUGCCGGCGAGUGAACUGAUUUUUGAUUUAGCUGCACGCGGCACCAUCUUGCAUUGCUCAUCAAUGGAUAAUUAGUUCUUGGCGUA